ACAAAUGUCUCAGCUACUUCAGCAGAGGAACUUACAUUCAUCACAGGUUAGUGGCCUAUUAAAUUUACAGAUUCAUCUGUUUGGUUUCAAUACUACUGACCAAUAUAGAACUGUUGGUUUAUUUUUGUAAUAAGGUGUAGGCUACUUUGCAAGAUGUGCAUAGUCUCCAUCAAAGAGUGGUGAUUGCAGACCAUUGCUCGAAUAAAUUACAUUGCAUUCAACAUAAUUUUACAUUUGAGAUAGCCUACAUAACUGUUUUGCAUAAACAAUGAAUAGGUCCUCAUUAUUACAAACGGCAAUCUCAAAAUGUAAUACAAUUCCAUAAUUACAUUUCCCCUAUGACCCUAGCAAUGAGAAGAGCAAAGCAUGUUACAGAAGCUGUGCUGUGUGAUUCUACUCAUCAUCCAGAGGGACACAGAAAGUAGGUUUUCAAUUGACGUCAUCAAAUGUCAUAUUAUUGCGCUCAUGUUUUUGUGACUUUUUUCUUAUUAAUACUAGGCAGAAAAUAACACCCACCAAACACACAAUCCCACCAUUAAAUUGUAGUCCUGGUCCUUUUAGGGUACAAUAAGGCACACACAUCAGCUCAGUAUGUUUACUAUGUUUUUAACUCAGUAUUUUUACUAUGUUUUUAACUCAGUAUGUUUACUAUGUUUUUAACUCAGUAUGUUUACUAUGUUUUUAACUCAGUAUGUUCACUGUGUUUUUAACUCAGUAUGUUUACUAUGUUUUUAACUCAGUAUGUUUACCAUGUUUUAACUCAGUAUGUUUACUAUGUGUAACUCAGUAUGUUUACUAUGUUUUUAACUCAGUAUGUUUACUAUGUGUUUUAACUCAGUAUGUUUACUAUGUGUUUUAACUCAGUAUGUUUACUAUGUUUUUAACUCAGUAUGUUUACUAUGUUUUUAACUCAGUAUGUUUACUAUGUGUUUAACUCAGUAUGUUUACUAUGUUUUUAACUCAGUAUGUUUACUAUGUUUUUAACUCAGUAUGUUUACUAUGUGUUUAACUCAGUAUGUUUACUAUGUUUUUAACUCAGUAUGUUUACUAUGUUUUUAACUCAGUAUGUUACUAUGUUUUUAACUCAGUAUGUUUACUAUGUUUUUAACUCAGUAUGUUUACUAUGUUUUUAACUCAGUAUGUUUACUAUGUUUUUAACUCAGUAUGUUUACUAUGUUUUUAACUCAGUAUGUUUACUAUGUGUUUAACUCAGUAUGUUUACUAUGUUUUUAACUCAGUAUGUUUACUAUGUUUUUAACUCAGUAUGUUUACUAUGUUUUUACUCAGUGUUACUAUGGUUUUUUAACUCAGUAUGUUUUGAGACAUGCUGAGCAUGCCCAAGUAUCUGGGAAUGUAUUGAAUAUCUUACUCUUGAAUAAGUGUAGGGAUAGAGUCAGGGCUUUUGGCUUAUUAUUCUAAGAACAUAUUCACUAAGUAGUUUCAGACUAGACUGGACCCAGAUCAGUAUGUGCUUUAGCCAUCGCCGAAAUGGGCAUCGGGUCAAAUACUGAGCAAUUGGCACAUUUCUUUUUGCAAUAACCACAAUUCAGCAUCAAUAGGAUAUCAUAGUUCCUAAACACAGCUAAAUACAAAUAAUGGUCUUGUCUGUGUGUUUUGAUAACAUCUCUGUUUAUUAGACUUCAUAAGCAUCUAUUCUACAGGUAUCUUUUGGACUGUGUUUUUGGCUUGUGUUUCUCUUCAGGUACACAGGUGAUUGGAGAAGGUAGGACUGUGGUACAGGGGGAGGGUGUGGACUUAUCCUGCAGACUGAUAGAGACAACCAAGGAGCUCAAACACAUAACAUGGCAGAAAAGUACUUGGGAAGAAAAACAGAAACAUAAUUGUAUGCAUUUUACUGACUUUGAUGCACCACAUGGAUUGACAGGUAGAGUCCAGUUUAUUGGAAACCCAUCAGAAAACCUUGGAUCUAUUCGAAUAACAGCUGUCAGACUGUUGGAUGAAGGCACCUUCACAUGUAUCUUCAGUGUUUUCCCCAGUGGAGCAUACAAUAUAGAGAUACCUCUGACUGUGGUUGGUAAGAACUAUGAGUGUGUAGAAAUACUGUGUGUAUUGUCAAUCUCAUCUACACAUUUAGCCUGGAUUUUUUUUCCCCUCUUAAUGCCGAAGUUGUGACAAGGAGAGCACAUCAAGUCUCAAUACAUAUUUCCCCUAAUGGUCCAGUGCUAAAUAACUUGGGAAUAUAUACAUCACUUUUCCAUAAACAUCCCUCUCCCUUAACGGUAUUAUCACUGGGCUGUGAAUGUAUAGUUCCACAUUUAGAAUUAGUGGCAUGUCUUCUUUUCUCAAUUUGUUGGUUUGUUUUCUGUCUAAGUUCCUCCAGUGGUGAGUGUGACAGUCAAUGUUCCUCUUGUAAUUGAGGAAAAUUAGGUUGUCUUGGCAACCUGUGUGGCUGCUGGUGCCAAGCCACAGGCGGAGAUGAGGUGGAACACGGGUGCAUUCGGCAGUUUGUUGAGGACGGUGACCAACUCCACCCAGCACGUCAACGGAACCACCACAGUACUCAGCCACCUGCUCGGGGUGCCAACCAGAGCAGCCAAUCAGGAGCAGGUCCAGUGUGUGGUCAACCAGUCUGCCCUGGCAACAGAGAAGACC